AUGGAGCUUUUCACCCUGAUGUUUCUGCUGUCAGCAGCAGCUGCUGAAGAGAUAACAGUUUCCCCUGGAGAUGAUGUGACUCUGAGUUGUGAGGCUGGUAGCGGCUUCAUCAGAGCGGUGGAGUGGACCAGACCUGACCUGGAGGAAGAAGAGUACGUCCUCUUUUACACCGAUGGACACUCAGACCCAAAGCAGCAGCAUGAGUCCUUCAGGGACAGGGUGCAGCUGGUGGACAGACAGCUACAGGACAGAGACGUGUCUUUAAUUCUGAAGAACGUGACGAACAACGAUGCUGGAACGUACGAGUGUCGAGUUUCUCUGGACGCUUCAAGACGAAACAAGAGAGCCAUCAUUGGGGACGAGGAGCCGAUCAGUGUCAUCCAUCUGAUGGUCAAAGACAGAGAUUCUUCUGAUGAAAACCCAGAGGGUGGAAACUUCUCUCGUGGUAACCUUGGACUGGUGUUAGCUGUUGUUGGUGUGGUGCUGGUUUGUUGCAUUGCUGUAGUUCUUAUCUGGAAACACAACCAAACAGAGGCAGAGAAUUCCACACCACCUGCAGCUUCAUCAGACCCAGCAGGCGUUGGGCUCAUCAACAUGUCACCGUCCUCUCUGCAGCCGGCUGCUGACUCACCUCCUGUGUGA